AUGUCUCUAUUUGGCAGCUCACCACCCAAUGGCUCGCCCGUUAUGGCGGCCGCAAGCUUCGCGAACAGCCGCUCGUCUCUCUUUGAAGACGAGGCUCCAAUGACCAAGUCGACAACGACAGCGCUCUUCGCCGAUGACGACGAAAGCCGAGCCGCUUCUCCAUGGGACCACAUGCCGACCCCACGCAAACAACCGACGCGCGCCGACCUCCUCCGCAAUCUGCUCCCGCCCUCCGAUGCGCCCGACAGCUACAUUGAGGUUUUUGAGAAUAUUGUUCGGGAAAAUGGCAAUGAAGGCCAUGUCACCUCUGGCGGAAUCGCUCGCACCCUCGCGGCUGGAAAGCUUAGCGCCGACGAGCAGGCACGGAUCAUGAGCAUCAUUUCGUCUGGUGGGGGUGACGGCGAUCCUUCUCUGGGGAGAAACGAGUUCAAUGUUCUUCUUGCCCUGAUUGGCCUUGCGCAGGAGGGCGAGACCGUCAGUCUGGAUAGUGUGGACGAGCGCCGACGAAAUCUCCCUCUCCCAAAGCUCCCCGGUCUCGUUGACAGUGCUCCCGCAUUGCCGCCAUUUGCUGAGCUCGCGGCGAAACCGCCCCAGCGACCUGUAACCCCACCCGCAGCUCCCAAGUCCACCCCGUCGAAACAGUCACGCGCUGUCAGAAAGUCCGCAAUGGACUAUCCUGACGACCCCUGGAACACGCCCGACGUGCACAAGGGCCACAACCACGGGCCUGAGCCCGCCGCAUCGAAUGGCAUCAGAAUACCGAGCUCGACUUCGGAUGCGAGCGUCAACGGGAAUGGACUGUAUGGCACCAGCCCCCAAGCGAUAUUACCAAGCCGAACGACUUCAACCUUCACUACCAGCACCGUGGCGUCCGGCGGCGCCGAUCCCGUUCCCCAAGUCGCUCCUGGCUCCAUUGGCAACACGGGCGCGUGGGGGUAUUUUGACGGCAACAAUCCGGCAUCGACUAGCAGCUUCGUUGACCCGUCAAGCAACCCAAUAUCAAAUCCAUUCGUUGUCGCAGGGGCCCCUCGGGAACCAACCGGGAACCAGCCGCCCGUUCCAGCUCCUACCCGGACCAUUGGGAGUGGUGGGCGGACUGGGAACGUGGUUGAAGAGACCAUCUUGGUGACCUUGAUGCCAGAGAAGGAGGGCCUUUUCCUGUUCCAGCAUCACAACUACGAAGUCACCAGUUCGAGGAGAGCCAGUAAAGUAGUUCGGCGUUACAGCGAUUUUGUCUGGCUGUUGGACUGUUUACACAAAAGAUAUCCGUUUAGAGUGUUGCCGCUAUUGCCGCCGAAGAGAGUUGCUGUCAACGGUAAUCACCUUUCCAAUGAUGGCGCCUUUAUCGAGAAGCGGCGUCGCGGCCUGGCUAGGUUCCUAAAUGCUCUUGUUCGGCAUCCUAUUCUCGGCUUGGAGCAGCUGGUAAUUAUGUUCCUAACUGUGCCAACAGAACUCUCUGUAUGGCGGAAGCAAGCCACCAUUUCAGUCCAAGACGAAUUCACAGACAGGUCUUUGCCCCCGGGGCUUGAAGACUCAUUGUCCCCGGCCCUUGAAGAGCUCUUUAAUCGCACGCGUGCAGGUGUCCGUCGUAGCUCCGAGCUGUACAUCAGCAUCUGCAACAUUAUGGACCGGCUGGUGAAGCGUUCCGAGGGUGUGGCUGCAGAUCAUGCCCGUAUUGCCAUGUCUCUGACCUCUCUUACGGAAGCCAGUGCCGACACCUACUCGACGGAUACAAAUGAUGUACCGCUCCUUAAUGAUGGUCUCCAGGCGAUGAGCAAGCAUUUGCGCACAUCGCAGACUCUGAUGGAGGAUGAGGCGCGCGCAUGGGACGAAGGGGUCCUGGAAGACCUGAAGCGUCAGCGUGACGCCUUGGUUAGCCUAAGGGACCUCUUCGAGCGCAGGGAAAGACUCGACAAAGAUAAUAUUCCAUAUCUGGAACGGCGCAUUGCAACAAACGAGUCGAAGCUUUCUGCGCUCCGUGCGAAGUCUGACGGUCUUGUGAAGCCAGGUGAAAUAGAGAAGGUCGUUGAAGCGAUUAUCAAGGACAAGGAGUCAAUUGUCAAUCAGCACAACCGGUCCGUUUUUGUGAAGGAAUGUCUUCGCGACGAGCUUACAUAUUUCCAGCAUACUCAGUACAAUGUUUCACGUUGGAACCAGGAUUGGGCCCAGGAGCGCGUCAAGUAUUCGGAGAUGCUUGCCGAUAAUUGGCGGCGUUUGCUCGACGACCUGGAGGGCAUGCCGCUCGGUGACUAG